AUGCGGAAUGCCACUCGAAGUCUUGCCAUUGGGAGGCAAACUCGGCUUUUCAGGGCACCUCAAAGAAGAUACGCCACCUCUGAUAUCGAUCAACCAGCGACGGCCGUAUCGUCAUCUGAAGAGAUCUCGAAAGCGAGAGACUACUGUCUAGGCCUCCUGAGAAAAUACGACACGCCCUCAUCCUUGCUAUUGCCUUAUAUUCCCAGCCACGCCCGAGAUGCCUAUGUUGCGCUUCGAGCGUUCAAUAUCGAUGUUGCUCGCACAGCAGACACGACAUCGACUCCCACCAUUGGCAUGAUGCGCCUUCAAUUUCAGAGAGAUACCAUAUCGAAGUCGCUCGCUGGAUCGCCACCCAAACAGCCAGUUGCCCUUCUACUCGCGCAGGCUGCCGAAGAUCUUCAGCAUCGAAGUGCUGGCCGGUCUAAAUUCAGCAAGUCUUGGUUCAAUCGAAUUAUCGACACCAGGGAGAAAUACUUGUCAAAUCCGCCUUAUCCCAACAUUGCUGCUCUCGAGAGCUACGCAGAAAACACUUACAGCACAUUGCUGUAUCUGACUCUGCAGGCGUUGCCCAUGGCGAGCUUGACCGCAGACCAUGUCGCUUCGCACAUUGGCAAAGCCAUUGGGAUCUCUGCUGUUCUUCGAGGCCUGCCCUUGAUCGCAUUCCCUAAUGCACCAAACACUCAUAGCAACCAGGGAGGCCAUCUUGCUAGUGAUGUCGGGGCUACACGCCACGGUGCAGUCAUGCUUCCUGUGGAUGUAAUGAUCGAAGCGGGUGUACGAGAAGAAGACGUCCUGCGAAAUGGUUCCAACGCACACGGGCUUCGAGAUGCUGUCUUUACAGUGGCCACACGAGCGAACGAUCAUCUCAUCACCGCAAGGCAGAUGCUGGACAACAUCAGAGCCGGACAGGAUGUUGACCAUGAGUUUGAGCAUCAGGAUGAAGAGGAGCAUGUUCAUCUACCGUCCAUCGGCAAAGGCGAGACCCAAGCGCAGGAAGUAGAGCGCGCCUUUGGAGUCUUCAUGCCUGCAGUCGCGACCCAGCUAUGGCUCGACAAGCUGCAAAAGUACGAUUUUGACGUCUUUCAACCGAAGCUGAGAAUGACGGACUGGAAACUGCCCUUCAAGGCUUACUGGGCUUAUAGCCGCCGGAAAGUGUGA